AUACUGUUAUUGGUAGUAGCACACUGGCAGUAAGUAGGGUUUUAAGAUGAAAAAACAAAACCGCUCCAAAUCCUAAAUCUUAUCUUUCGUUCUUCGGGGAUAAAGUUGGGUAAAUCAUAAUCUCAUGCAUGCUAUAAAAGGCGCCUGGGUUGGGCAAACGUUUGCCUUAGCUAAAAGCAAUGAGUCUGGUGGGAGGAAAGCUCGAAUUCGGCGUUCAAAGGAGGAGAGGAAAGUCAUGGUUGAAUCUUUUAUAAAGAAGUACCAGAGUACAAACGAUGGGAAUUUCCCAUCUCUGAAUCUCACACACAAGGAAGUUGGUGGAUCAUUCUAUACCAUAAGGGAGAUUGUCCGAGAGAUCAUCCAAGAAAAUAGAGUGCUGGGUCCUGGUAAGUUAAUUGAAGAGGAGGAGAACGCUGAACAGUUCUUGGAACAGCAUCCAUUGGGUUCAAUUUCCAUUGAACUGCAAUCCUCUCAGUCUAUUCCCACUUCUGGAAUUAAUUUUGUACCUAAUCAUGAUCAGGAUGUAAAUGAUGAAUCAGAACAUGAGUUUGAUAAUGAACAAAUCAUCAAUGUGAGUGCCAUGGAUUUGAAAGAUGAAACUGAUACAGAAGUCAGGGCAGAGUUUGAAGGAAAUGGGACUUCUAUUGAUUUGAAAGAUAAAAGUGAUAAAGAAGUUGGUUCAGUGGAAGUAAAUGGGAGUGCCAUGGAUUUGAAAGAUGAAAGUGCUAAAGAAGUAAGUGCAGAAUUGGGAGUAGCUGGGAUUGGGAUGGAUUUGAAAGAUGAAAGUGAUAAGGAAGUUGGUGCAGAGGUGAAAGUAGAGUUAUUUGAAGAAAGUGGGAAAGAACUAACAUCACCAACUUCCAGAGUAACCCCAGUAAUGGCAGAAGCAGAGGAAAGUGGCAAGCAAUUUACACCUACGACAUCUAAAGUAACUCAGUUAACAACAGAUGCCAUAGUGGAGACAUUUCCAUUAAGGCCGGUUUCUACAUUUGCUGACUACAUUGAUGAAAGGUCUGGUGAAGUCAGGAUUCUAAGUGAAACUUCUGAAGAAACACAAAUUAAAAAGGUGGGCCUGGGUCCAGAAAAUGGCAAUUCCAUAUCAAAUGGAAUAAUUUCCUCCGAGAAAAACAAUGCAGUUAUGUUGGAGAAAAACUCUGAUUCACCACUAGAGGUCUCUAAACAGUUAACAACAACUGAUAGUGUAGAGCAUGGCUCCCAAAAUGGUGCAACAUCAAAGGUUGAUGUAUUGACUAAUGAUAUUUUAACAUCUAAAACCAAUGAAAGAAGCAAGGUUACUGAUGGAGAGGUAUGUUUUACUCAAACACCUGUUCUGUUUCUCUAUAUGUGAAAUUACUUUGUGACCAGGUGCACACCAAGCGUCAUUUCAAUAUUAAAGUUGUAUGUGUAUUACUAGUGGGAGAAAAUUCAGUAACAUAUGUUGGCAUCUAAUGGAAUGGAAAUGUAUAAAGAGAAGGAUUUGAUAGGAGAAAUAUAUUUAAAUCGCUAUCUUUAACAGGUACUGACUGAAAUAAUAUUGGUUUUUUUUUUUUUUGCACAGCCUGAAAUAAUAUUGGUUAGCCUAAGUAUAGCUAGGCUAGGAGUUGUGUCUUCAUCUCUUCCUGAAACCUUUGAUGGCAGAUUCUAUGACUCAAACUGUUGUUAUUAAGUACGUUUCCCCUCCACCCCCCUCCCCCCCCUCUUUUUUUUUUUUCAGGUUACAAGUUUCUCAAAUGGCAUCCAUCCGAAGACUGAUGAUACUCUCCCUGUCAAUUUUAGUGUUGAGUCAGCAACCCAAGAGGAAAUUGUGGUAAAAAAGAAUAGAGCCAAUGUUCAACAUAAUGCCAACUCCCAGAAAGCAAGCAAUGCAACAUUAGACAGGACUAAAUUUGAAUCUAGGGAAGGAACUGCAAAAGGUAAUGCAGCAUCAAAAACCAACCCACUCUUGGCCUUUUUCAAUUCAUUCAUAGCUACCUUUGUAAAAUUCUGGUCUGAGUGAUGCGUAGUAUUCACUAUCUAGUUUGGAGUUCUCAUCGUAGUACUUGCUGUCUCUACCAUAGUCAAUGUCUUUACAGUGAAAAGAAAACUGGCUUGAUUCCUGUAUUAAUUAAUUUCAUGUACUUACAGUAAAUGAUAUUUAGUUUCCUCUUCAACAAACUUCUGAUGUAAUUUCUGAGAAAUUGAAUUAU